AUGGACAGAAAAUUCGUAUCAAAAACUAAUAAGAUCUUUAGUUGUGGAUCUGGUAAACCUAUUCCUGUUGAGUCUGCAGCUGGCCGCGAGUUGCUUGAAUAUUUAAGGGUGCUGCAGAGCAAUGCAACAACAAGUGAUCAGCUGAUGAAAGAAAUUGCAAAAUUCGUGAGAUCGGAGGAUGACUUAAUAAGUCCCGAAGAUCUUGAAAAACUGGAGCUUGCAUUAAGCGCCCCCCGGUGGCAUCCGCAGGUCAAUCGUCCGCAGGACCUCCACCGCCACCCGCGUCUUUCACUCACGGGUCCCGGAAGACGUCUCUCACUUGUAUCUAGAAAUGAGAAUGCAAUGGAAUGGACAAAUAAAAACCUCUCCGAGUGUCUGCCUAAAACUGCAGAAGCUUGUAGUGCAAUGAUCGGACACUUGCCAUACCUCACUAGGCACCUGUAUCUCCUGAUUCGACUCACAUCGGAUCCAGCGCCCAAAAUGAGAGGCAUAGUGGAGGUGGACAUUGGGAUUCGUUUUGUUUUUCUCGCAUUAACACCCAAAAUUGAUGAGGAAAGGGCUAUGUAUCAAAUUGGACGGUGCUUUGCCACCAUGCUAAACGAAAGUAAAUUUCUCUCAGUCAUACGUCAAUCACAAAAACUAGCAGAUAUUUACAAGGCUGCACUGGUUUUUCGGCGGGAAAUAAUAGCGAUCUCUGGCGGUUAUUCAGAGGUACUCAAUUGCCGUGGUGGAAUUGAUGUACCUCCUUCCUACGACAAUGAAGUGGAGUUCGAAAGAGCCGACCUCGUGUUCGAGGACGUCGUGGAUGCCGCCUUAAACAACGAGAUGACGUCGUCGAACCUGAGUCUCCAAAAAGAACCGCAAGUUCACUGUUCCAGUCGCUCAUUCAAGCGCCUCUGUCCACCCUUCCGCGAACUGGUGGAGGGAUUCAAGGCUCUCGCUUUUCGAAUGCCCAGUGACUACAUCGAUGCCUUUACCAAGAACAAGGUGGGAACAAUGUUGAGCAGUAUCCCCUUCAUAUAUUUCGUCGUUUUCGCACCGUCAGUUACUUUUGGGACCUUAAUGUUCAAUGAAGUUAAUGACUCCUACAAUAUAAGUUUGAACAUCUUUUCCGCUGGAGUCUUCACAAUCCUCUAUUCCUUAUUUGCCGGACAACCGCUGGGGAGUAUUGGCAUUUCUGGACCCAGUUUCUUUCUCGAAACAGUUAUUGCACUUUUUGCCGCGCAGGCGGGAGUCGACUAUUGGGCGUAUCGUUUUCUGACCGGACUCUACAUGACUGCAUUCGGCAUUAUUCUAAUAUCCAUGAAUCUUUCAUCGAUGGUUCUCUAUGCUAGGCGCUCUCUUGAAGAGAUAUUUAGUGCAUUCAUAUCCUUUUUCCUUAUCUUGAAAUCUACUUUUUCCAUGUUUCGGGCUGUGCCUCUAGAAAUCUAUCAACCAAACAACAACACUAGCGUAGACGAGUUGCAAAAAGCACUUAAUAGCUCACAAACCGGUUCAAGGGCAGCCAUUCAACUCUUUCUGGCACUGUGUAUGCUGGUUUUUUCGCUUCUCAUUAACAAAUUAAAGAGAAGCCACCUAUUUCGACGUACGUUCCGCUACUGGAUCGGGGCUUUUAAUGUGCCUUUGGGAAUUGUGUUUGUCACCGCUCUGAAUUACAUCUUCUUCUCGACUUACCCCAUAACCAAACUGGGCGUUCCACCGGCAGUAGAGGCCGAUCCUACCACUUGGUUCGUUCUGGUCGAUUUCUCCAAGAUGAAUACCCUUAAUCGCUCUCCUGCUCUCGUUCAUGGCACGGCGGUGGUUAUCGGGUUCUUCUUUUGUCUUCUCAUUUUCACGGAAAUUGCCCUCAAUAGUGUCACGGCCUUGAAGCCAAAAGCAAAGAAACCGAGUCCCUUUGUGAUGGACCACGUGUUGACAGUUGUGAUUUUUCCUCUUAUGUCCUGCAUUCUCGGUUGGCCGUUUGUAUCGGGUGUCCCGGUGCGCACAAUCGCCAAUACAAUGGCCCUUAUCAUAGUGGACCCUCAUCCUCCACCGGGAAAACCUGCUGAAAUCAUCAGCCUGGUGGAGCAGCGAGUGAGUGUGCUGAUUGUGGGUGUGCUAGUGACAGUGUCCGUAUACCUCGGCGAUAUCUUGCACCUAGUUCCAGUUGCCGCACUCUACGGCAUGUUCCUUUACCUCGGGCUGAUCGGACUGCGUGGACUUGACAGUGUAAACACUUUGACGGCCCUGCUCACCCGUCGCAAGCACUGGGGUAGGUGGGAGUUCCUCACCGACCUCCCCAAACCUCAGCUAGCCGUUAUCGUCUCUAUCAACUUCGGCGAAUUGGCUAUCCUCGUUGUCUUCAUCAUUCUGGCUGAGUUUACCGACAUCAACUACGUCACUUUAGCUACUCCCCUCGUUCUCAUUGGCUCGGGGCUUGUGCGCGAAUUUCUUCUCCCCAAAUGGCAGUGGCUGGCUCCUACGCUCGCUAAGUACGACAAGCGCUGUCUGCCUACGCAUCCCAAAAAGACCGAGACGGAGAACAAGUCCGAGGUGUCGCUUCCAGCUAAAAAUGACCGCCUCUCCUCUGUUGAGACGCUAAUUUUCUGA